UGAAGUUUCUCGUUCCGAAACGAUCCAGAGAGAAUUGAAAGUGGGCUUUAUCGAUCGAUUGAUCGAUCGAUCGAUCAAAUUAAUCGAAUCCUUGUUCUCGCCUUUGUACUGAUCUCGCUUUCAUUGCGUAAUUGUUAAGAUGUCGUACUCCAGAAGGUCAAGGUACUCCCCUUCUUCACCACCACAUAAGCGUUACGGAAGGUCUGUUACAAGGUCCAGGUCACGUUCUAGGAGUUGGAGCUAUGAUUCAAGUGACAUAGAAAACCCAGGAAACAACCUGUAUGUGACAGGUUUGUCGCCACGCAUCUCAAAGAGGGAUCUUGAGAAGCAUUUCUCAGCAGAGGGAAGGGUAGAAGAUGUUCACCUUGUAGUUGAUCCAUGGACUCGAGAAUCUCGUGGGUUUGGGUUUGUGACCAUGUCGAAUAUCAAAGAGGCUGAUCGCUGCAUCAAGUACUUAGAUGGGUCGGUUCUUGAGGGUCGUGUCAUCUCUGUGGAGAAGGCUAGGAGGCGGAGAGGUCGAACACCUACUCCAGGGAAGUAUCUUGGGCCGAAGAAGGAUCAUGUUCGUGGACGAUCAUCCUCGAGAGAUAGGAGCAGGUCUUACUCUCCAUAUUGUAGUAGCAGGCAUCGAAGAUCAUUCUCACCAUACGACAGCUGUGGGAGGUCUUACUCUCGUUCGAGCUCUCCCUACAGUAGAUCUCCAGUUGGCAGGCAUGACAGAUUGUACACCCGAGAGGAUCGCUCCUACAGGAGUCGAUACUAUAGGGAUUACUCACCUGACUACAGACGUGAUAGGUCUUAUACUCCGGAAGAUGGUUUGUACCGGAGGAGCCGUAUGGAUUACUCUCCUGGAUAUAGACGGUCUUACAGGAGCCGAAGCCGAUACUACUCGAGGGAUUACUCACCUGAUGACAGACGUUAUUACAGGAGCAGGCGUUAUCGGUCUGUUUCCAGAAGCAUUUCUUCUUCCCCACGGGGACGCUAUAGGGGACACUCUCCUAGCGUCUCACCAGUUGGCUCAAGAAGAAGAUCCUCGAUAAGAGUCUCACCACGGACAAGGAGUUCCAGGAGGAGGAGCUACUCCCCAGUAUCAAGUCGGAGCUAUUCAAGGAGUGUGAGCGUUGGGUCUCGGACUCCUAGUUCGUCUUCAGUGUCUCGUUAAAGAAGGUAAGUUGUGCGUUUAUUGAUGUAGCUUAGAGUGUGUAGUAAUUAAUGUGUGAUUGAUCUCCGUGUUUGGAUGGUAGCAGUGUUAUGGUGGAUGAUUAUGUUUUUUAUGGGUGGUUUUCGAUCUGGUGGACAUGUAGGUUUUGGGUAUUUCACAGUAAUUCAUGAGACUUAAUAAAGAAACUGUGUAAUAUACUAA